CAGAACAACACAUACCAAUGGUAACAGCAGCAAAUACUUGGUCUAGCUUUCUCUUGCUCUUUGGAUUCUUUGAGAUCUUUCUCUUGUUCUUGUUCUUCUAAAGAUCCUCAUCAAUACAAAGCCAUGGGUAUCCGUUUGCCUGGGAUGAUUCAUGCUAAGCAAAUCCUCCGACGAUCUCUUUUGGGUGGAAACCGGUUAGAUACCGCAGUUACUGAUGUUCCUAAAGGUCACUUAGCAGUCUACGUGGGGGAGACACAGAAGAAGCGAUAUGUGGUUCCAGUGUCCUACUUGAACCAGCCAUUGUUUCAAGACUUGCUAAGUCAGGCUGAAGAAGAAUUUGGGUUUGAUCACCCAAUGGGUGGUCUUACAAUUCCAUGCAAAGAAGACACCUUUGUUGAUCUCACUUCUCGUUUGAAUGGUCUGUGCAUGAGAAAGUAGGAAACCAGGGGGGAAAAAUCAAUUAGUAAAUGAGGGAGAGGCCCAUUUCAUGUAUAUAUCUAUACUUUUUUGGGGGAGGGUGAGGAAUGCAGCCAUGAGAGAAUGAGAGAAAUCUCUGUAAUUAAAAUUCUUUGUAAAUAGAGAGGCGCAAGGAAGAGAGCUUGUAAUCCUAUUCUCAAUUGCUUAUUAAAUCACACUCAUUUCUUCAUGAACA